AUGCGCAGCGCGCCAGCUCUAGGCUGUCUUCUUCUCCACUAUUGCGGCGUAAUGUCCGGGUGUUCAUCUACUGUCUCGCCGGUGUGGCUUAAAGACGGAGAGCUGCUGGUUAGCGAGCUGAAGACCGAGAUCGGUCUCUGCGCAGAGAAUCUGUCGGCGGAGGGCGACGAAGCGAAGCAGGCGGAUGGUGCGGAGCGACUCUACGACAUUAUGAUGGAGAUUUGGGGACUGGAGGCGGGAGAGGUGGCCCGGAGAGCCGCCGACAUUGCCUGCGACGAGAUCAGGCUAAAUGGGGGAAUAGGAGAUCUCUUGAAGGUCCUGUGUCACACAAAGAGCAAGGAGCUCCUCGUUCUCCUCACCCGUGCUCUAGAACAGAUCAUGGUCUCGAGCAACCGUGCCUACAUCAGUGGCCACACUCUCUUCCAAGAGAUAGUGUCCACCGUCAGCAGACAGGACGUCCCCGAUCUGAUGCAGUACGGAAUCGGGGUCCUCGAAAACCUCUUUAAGGAAUCGGCUGGGACGUGUCACUGUCUCAUUAGAGACGGCGGCCUAAACGGAGUCAUUCAGGGAUGUUGCUCGACUGACCCUGUCAUUCUCCAACAUUGUGCCGCAGCACUCACCAACUGUGCCAUGUACGGCUCCCCUGACUGCCACGAGUUGAUGAUUCGUUGCAAAGUCGAGCAUUGGUUGUUCCCGCUCGCCUUCUCAGAGGACAACGUAGUAAAGUACUAUGCUCUCCUGGGGGUGUCGUACCUGGCAACCAACGAGAGGAUUGUCGAUGCCGUGAUGGAGAGCGGUACUCUGGAUCUCGUUCUCCCGUUCCUUCGUUCGCACAAUCCGGACAAGUUUGCAGCUAGCUGUCCGAGUCACUCCCACGGGCGCUCGGCCGGUUGGCUGAUGCGACUGAAGCCUCUACUGGUGUCAGACUGCGAAGAGGCACGCUCCAUUGCUGCCUUUCACUUUGCCAUGGAGUCAACUAUCAAGAAGAAGCAGAACAAGAUAAAUGUGUUCAGUGAGAUAGAUGUGGUGGGGCACCUGCAGGUGGCGGCAAAGAAAGGCUCCAAGUUGACGGCUCUCAACUGCUGCCAGGCUCUGCGGACGGUGUGCGCUCCUCUACCGACCUACCAGUCGUGGAACUGUUCUCAAGUGGGAGCCCGACCAGGUAAGGAAUCACAGGGAGGGGUGGAGGAAACAUUCCUGCUACAUUGCCAGCAUUUCUUUACAUCAGUCAAUUCACUGGUGAGAUUGUGGGCCGAAGAUAUGGGUCUAACUCAGCUGGCCCCUCAAUUUGUUACUCAUAUGGUCACUGGCAGUAUACUGCUGGACCUGAGUGUGGAGGAUAUUCUGGAGAUGGGACUCCAGAGCAAGGUUCAGGGUCGCUGGGUCAUGCAGCAGGUCUUGAAACUCCGCCGCCGUGCCGACGUCUCGUUCCUGGACCCAGAGAACGUCUCCAAGUUUCUGAUCGACAUCCACAAGGACCUGACGGUGUACCGGGUGGACUUUGCCCGCCGACGGAUCACCACUUCUUUCCUGCCUCACCUCAACCAGGAGAUGCUGACGGAGCUCGGCGUGCAAUCGUCCAUCGAUCAGGCCCGCAUCCUGAACCACAUCAGAGAGACCUGUGGCUCCGUCGAAUCGACCGAUUCCGGUUCUCCUGGUUCAAUUCUUCCACUCACUUCCCGAUAUCGGAAAAAGUACGACGUCUUCAUCAGCUACCGGCGUGAGGGUGGAUCACAACUGGCCAGCCUCCUCAAAGUGUAUCUCGAAGUCCGCGGUCUCUCCACAUUUCUCGAUGUCACCUCUCUGGGGGGAGGGAAGUUCGACGAGGCGCUCCUGACAGUCAUUAGACAGUGUCUGAAUGUGGUGGUGGUGCUGACUUCCAACAGUCUCCAGCGCUGUAUUGGGGACAAAAGGAUCGAGGACUGGCUGCACCGAGAACUGGUCUGCGCUCUGGAGAAUAAUACGACAGUCGUGCCGCUCUGCGACCCAAACUUUUCCUGGCCACAGGAGAAGCUGUUACCGGCUGACCUGAGGACUCUAUGUCGGUUGAAUGCCGUGAACUGGAGCCACGAAUACCAGGACGCCACUGUCGAGAGGCUGAUAAAGUUCUUGAAUUUGACUCCAGUCACUCGGAGAAUGAGUAUGGUAAAAUGUCUCAGUACCAUUAGUAACAGCUAG